CCAAGGUUUGACUGCCCCAGGUCCAGUCCACCAAUCUCUUUCACUUCACCCCUCCCCUCUCCUUCCUUCCUUCCGUCAUUGCCUACGCCCUUUACCUCGUGCCUUCCCGGAUCGGCGCUCCUCCCAGCUCCCGAGACUCCUGCUCCUCCGCCGUCGCCAGCAGCGCGCCCAAGCACAGCAAUGAGGUGUCUGCCUUUCUUAAAUGGAGCGGCCAAAACGGAGCAUACGACCACCAAGUCGGCCACAGUGCGGUCCUUCAGCACGACGUCGACGGACCGCGAGGCCCGGUCUGGCUCAGAUCUCAACAACCUGAACGCCUCUGACAUGAGCACCGAGUCCAUACGGAGAACGCAGUACCCAAGCUUCACCGACCACCCCAGCAACCUCAGGCUGUUCACCUUCUCCGAGCUCAAGAAUGCUACGCGCAACUUCAGCAGGUCGCUCAUGGUUGGCGAGGGUGGGUUUGGGUGUGUGUACAGGGGAGUCAUCAAGAACUCAGAUGAACCAACUGAGCGGAUCGAGAUCGCCGUCAAGCAGUUGAAUCGGAAAGGGGUUCAGGGGCAGAAGGAAUGGUUAACAGAGAUGAAUGUGCUUGGGAUUGUUGAUCAUCCAAAUCUUGUCAAACUAAUAGGGUAUUGCGCUGACGAUGAUGAGCGUGGAAUGCAGCGGCUUCUAGUAUACGAAUAUAUGCCCAACGGAAGUGUGGAUGACCACUUGGCAAGUAGGUCAAAUUCCACUCUAUCAUGGCCAAUGAGAUUAAAAGUAGCUCUCGAUGCUGCUCGAGGGCUGAAGUAUCUUCAUGAAGAAAUGGAUUUUCAGGUUAUUUUCCGAGACCUGAAGACAUCUAACAUUCUAUUAGAUGAGAACUGGAAUGCAAAAUUGUCAGACUUCGGAUUGGCUAGGCAUGGACCACAGGAAGGUCUAUCCCAUGUCUCCACAGCGGUUGUUGGGACUCUAGGAUAUGCAGCGCCAGAGUACAUGCAAACUGGGCGCCUCACUGCAAAAAGUGACAUAUGGGGCUAUGGUGUGCUGCUCUAUGAGCUCAUCACGGGUCGCCGUCCCAUUGACAGGAACCGCCCAAAGGGCGAGCAGAAGCUCCUGGAUUGGGUGAAACCAUACAUAUCUGACGUCAAACGGUUCCCCAUCAUUGUAGACCCACGGCUGGAGGGACACUACAACCUCAAGUCCAUGACAAAGUUGGCAGGCGUGGCAAACCGCUGUCUACUCCGUAUACCAAAAUCACGCCCAAAGAUGAGUGAGGUGUAUGAGAUGGUUCUGAAGAUUGUGGACAGCGUUGAGAGCGGACCGCCGCAGCCUCCUCUACACUACCAUGGCUCGGUUUCUGAACCGGGUGCAAAGCGGACGAAGAAAGGAUCGUUGAAGAGAAGGUUCCACGAAUUCAAAUUCGGUUCCCGCCUGAUCGUAUGGCGGGGCUGGAAGCCUGAGGUUAUAAAGACCUGUAGUAUGUGGUCCCUGUCUGUAAAGUAUAGCUGUUCAUACGGGUGCACAGUUGAGUUGUGGCGUCGUUUCCUGUAGUUUUCUGUGUAAUAGAUCUGAUUUCGUGUGCAUGACCAUCUGAGGUGCGAGCAAAGAUGGUAAUCAGUAGGCCCCUAGUGUUUUUGGUGCA